AUGGCGCAUCGAUUACAAACACGAGCUUUGAGGAUUGCAGGGGUAGCUCCAAUUAAAUACAAUGUUUCCCUUCAAAACUAUUCGAGAAUGAGAGGUCGAACCUUCAAUAAAAAGACGGUCCGGUUACAUUCUGAUUCGAUUAAAAGCGUCCAGUCUGUAGAGAGCCUGAGUGAAAGGAAGUCAGCUUUAUUCAAGUUUGAAGAAGAUAAUUUGAAAGCCUCGUUAAAAUCUCUUUUCACACAGGCUGUUCAAGCCGCAUAUCCUGAGAAUUUUAAGGAGGUAUCGCUAAAUGAAUGCGCGAACUCGGGUCUUGGAGACUAUCAAUUUAAUGAUGCCAUGCAUUUAUUUUCUGUUGUGCGUGAAGUCGGAGGAUGCGAUGUUAAAAGUCCUCGAGAAGUUGCUCAAAAUAUUAUCAACAUGCUACCCGUGAACCCCUUCUUUGAGAACCCUAGUAUAGCUGGACCUGGCUUCAUCAAUGUCAAAAUUUCAGACUCAUACAUUUCUUCAAAAAUCCUGCAAAACUUCAAUAUUUGUGAGCCACGAGAGCGACGAGUAAACACUGCUGAAAAUGUAAACUAUCCUCGCGUUAUUGUUGAUUUCUCAUCUCCUAAUAUAGCAAAGGAAAUGCAUGUGGGACAUCUUAGAAGUACUAUCAUCGGUGAUUCUAUAUGUCGAAUGCUAGAAUAUAAAAAUAUUGAAACUUUACGCUUAAAUCAUGUUGGAGAUUGGGGUACCCAGUUUGGAAUGUUGAUAGAAUAUUUAAAUGAUGAACACGAUGAUUUUGUUGAUACUAUUGGGGAUCUUCAGUCGUGCUAUAAGCUUGCAAAGAAACGAUUUGACGAGGAUACUGAAUUUAAGAUUCGUUCUCAGGCAGCUGUUGUGAAGUUGCAAGCUGGCGACCCAAAAAUGUUAGAAAUAUGGGAAAAUGUGUGUCAAACGAGUAGGAAUGAAUUUGAAACUAUAUACGAAGCUUUAAAUGUGAGAAUCUCGGAAAGAGGUGAAAGUUUUUACAACUUAAUGAUAUCAGGCAUACUCGAAGAAUUAGAACAGAAGAAUAUAGCUGUGAAGAGUGAAGGUGCUUUGUGUAUAUUCAGCAGUUUUGAAGGAACACCUCUUAUAUGCAGAAAGAGCGAUGGUGGUUAUAAUUAUGCAUCUACGGACCUUGCGGCAAUAAAUCAUAGAAUCAAGUACGAAAAGGCGGACUGGGUAAUUUACGUAACGGAUAGUGGCCAGAAAAAACACUUUGCAGGUAUUUUUGAUGCAACGGAGCGAGCCGGUUGGCUCGAAAGAUGUGAAAAGUCAGAUGUUCGUUUGAGUCAUGUUGGUUUUGGAUUGGUGAUGGGGGAAGAUGGUAAAAGAUUCCGCACUCGUUCUGGUGAGGUCAUACGUCUGAAGGAGCUCCUAAGUGAAGCUGAGUCACGAUGCUACGAUGAGUUGAAGAAUAGGGGCACAUCUGGACUUAGCGAGAUAGAAAUGAAACAGACUGCAAGAAAACUGGGUAUAGGUGCGAUAAAAUACGCUGAUCUCCAAAACAAUCUGUCCACAAAUUAUGUAUUUUCCUUCGAUAGAAUGCUGGAUCUGAAAGGUAACACUGCCAUAUAUUUGCAAUAUGCACAUGUCCGAGUUAGUGCGGUACUGGACAAAACGCAGAUAGAUGUACAGAACGUCACACCCCAAGAAUUUCGUUUUAAAGCGAAAGAAGAGAGGGCGCUAGCUUUGCACAUUCUUAAGUUUGCUGAGUCACUUGAUUCAUCUCUACAGGAUUUGAUGCCUUCUCGAAUCUGUGAUUAUCUAUAUACGCUAUCCAGUCUAUUCAAUGACUUUUAUGGUUCUUGUAAAGUGAUAGGUGAUGAUAAUGAGGAAAGCCGAAUAAUUCUUUGCCAUGCAACUGCAUCCGUGAUGCGCAGAUGCUUCUUCAUCUUGGGAAUAGAUCCAGUUUACAAACUUUGA